AUGAGCUCCUACCUGGAGUACGUGUCGUGCGGCAGCGGCGGGGGCGGCGGCGACGCGCUCAGCUUCGCGCCCAAGUUCUGCCGCGCCGACGCCCGGCCCGUGGCCCUGCAGCCCGCCUUCCCCUUGGGCAGCGGCGACGGCGCCUUCGUCAGCUGCCUGCCCCUGGCCGCCGCCCGACCUGCGCCUUUGCCCCCGGCCACCCCCGCACCACCCCCCGCGCCGCCCUCGGCCGCGCCCUCCUACGCGCAGUGCACCCUGGAGGGCGCCUACGAGCCGGGCGCCGCACCUGCCGCGGCAGGGGGCGCGGACUACGGCUUCCUGGGGCCGGGGCCGGCGUACGACUUCCCGUGCGCGCUCGGGCGGCCGGCCGACGACGGCGGGGCGCACGUCCACUACGCCACCUCAGCCGUCUUCUCGGGCAGUGGCUCGUUCCUCAGCGGCCAGGUGGAUUACGCGGCCUUCGGCGAGCCCGGCCCCUUGACGGCGUGUCUGAAAGAGCCAGCCGACGGCCACCCUGGGACCUUCCAGACCGCGUCCCCGGCCCCUGGCGCCUACCCCAAGUCUGCGUCCCCGGCCUCCGGCCUCCCCGCCGCCUUCAGCACCUUCGAGUGGAUGAAAGUGAAGAGGAACGCCCCUAAGAAAAGCAAACUCGCCGAGUAUGGAGCCGCUAGCCCCUCCAGCGCGAUCCGCACGAAUUUCAGCACCAAGCAACUGACAGAACUGGAGAAGGAGUUUCAUUUCAAUAAGUACUUAACUCGAGCCCGACGCAUCGAGAUAGCCAACUCCUUGCAGCUGAAUGAUACGCAAGUCAAAAUCUGGUUCCAGAACCGCAGGAUGAAACAGAAGAAAAGAGAACGAGAAGGGCUUCUCCCCUCGGCCACCCCUGUGGCUUCCCUCCAACUCCCCCUCUCAGGAACGAGCACCACCAAGUCUGACAAGAGCCCAGGGAGCCCUUCUCAGGCCCAAGAGCCCUCAUGAGGUUUAGUCUCGGGGCUGAGAAACCUUGGCCUGCAGAAGUCAUAGGUCACCUCACCCCUGUCUAGACUUACUAGCUCAGUUUGGGAUAGAGGUUUCACUUGGGAAACGAAGUAUCCUAGUCGGCUUCUGAGUUCCAGGCUGUAGGUGUACAGAUACCAAUUUGAGGUCUCUUAAGCCACUCGUUUGUGUUUUAUUUGUGUCUUAUCAGGGAAAAGGUGCCCAGCUGCCAGCCCAGCCCUGCUGCUAUGUCGCCUAACUUAGUCAUAUGCAAUUCUUGGGUGCCGAGUGCAGAGUUGCUGAUCUCUGACAACCCCUGAUGUACUCAGAAGAACAUCUACCCAAAGUUUUCCAGAUUUUAAUUUAAAGGACGGGCUACAUGUAUUCAGCUUGAGAUGACCAAAGCUAGUUAGGGCCUCCUUGAUGUAGCUAAGCUGCUUCAAAGAUGAUCUUCACAUUUGCACUCCAGUUUUGUUGUUUUUUUCUUUAAAAAGCAGUUUCUACCUCUUCAUGUGCCUGAGUGAAGAUACAAUCGCUGUUUAGUUAGUAGCUGAACAAAUCCACAGGGUGGGUGAAGAUUCGAACCUGAACUACACCUUGACACCAACUACUCAGACUUGAAUGUAAAUAUAUACAGUAUGUAUAUAUUUUUAAAAUGUUUGCUUGCAAUGAACUUCUACAUGGCAUUGAAUGUCAUAGCAUGUAAAGAGUUCGAACUUUUUUUUUGUAAUAAAAAUUACAGAACCUGCUA